UGGAAACAAGAAGACUCGACAUCCUAGACGACAGAAACCAAGACGAUAUCCUAACACCAUGUCUAACGCCAAUAUCAAGUCGGCUCUCGGGGAGCAGAUGAAGAAAUUCACAGAAUAUUACGACUCUGGCGAUUUCGAGAAUUUAAAAGAAUUGUUCACUGAAGAUUGCAAAAUGAUGGCACCGGGUAAAGAGGUACAAUAUGGUAGAGAAGAUACCAUAGCUGUACUGCAGGGAAUGAAGUCCGAUGGUGUAGAAACAAUGACAUUCGAAUUUGAAGAAGUUGGCAACAUUAGCGGCGAUGAAUUCGUGUUUGAUCGCAGUAAAUACACCAUGUUCAAAUCGGACGGCUCGGUCAUUGUAGUCGGCAAGUAUUUAGCCAUCUGGAAGAAGGUAGCGGACAAAUACUGCUUGUACACUCCGUGUUUUAACAUGAACGUGAAAUAAGAGGUGUGUUCGUGGAAUCGCGACGCUUAUAUUGUCAUCGAGGCGGCGGCGUCUACACCUCCCGGUGCCGUCGAACGAUAUGUCCGGCACCUGUUUAAGAUUGAGUAGAAUCAUGGCAUAGUACUAUUAUAUGUGUAUGCAUUGCUUUUUAGCUGAAACGUGUCAUUAUCGUGAAUGAGGGGAACGUAAUGAAAUAAAAAUUCUGCUGCUAUUUGACAGAUCGUU